GUGAUGUAAUAUUAAGAUCUCAGAUCUAUCUCCCUUUCUUGUCAGAUCAGAGAAAAGUCUGGACAAAGCUUUAAAUUCCUACAGUCGAUCAGCAGUUGGUACCUUUGGAUAGAAGUAUGGCUUAUCGAGACAGUUUACCGACUCAGUAUUCCCUGGCCGCUCAGGAACGCUCGAUUUAUGAUAAUAUGAGCAUUAGAGAACUUAUCAUUGCUAACAACACACCAUAUCCCCAAGAGAGUGGCAGCUCUGUGCCCAUGUAUAUUAAUCCCACAAGUUCUCACCAUCCUACUCAAGUAAGCUCGAGUGAUGCCACUGUUAUUGAGAGCCCACAAAUUGCAUUUGGUAGCGCAACACAUUCUGUCUGGUAUCAGAAUAUGACUGUCUACAACAACGAGGCAAAUAGAUAUGACGAGUAUAACAUGCAUUAUGACAUCGGACGGCCGCCAGGUUAUGCCAUACUCUUGGGCAAUGAUCGCGAAUACCCAGCAGAUCCUGAAUUGUUACCGGUCAUGAAAGAUCUCAGACUUAUGAAUGACGUAUUACAUAGCUGUGGGUGGAAGGUUAGCCCGAUUGCCGGCCACCCUGAUAUGACCUCAAAACAGUUUGAUGCUAUGUUCAAUCCAAUCCUUUCUUCUGAUUUUAAUCAGUACUCUUGCUUCAUGUUCUACUACACCGGCCAUGGGAAUUCCAAAGGCUUGCUACUGAGUGAUGGCUGCUGUAAGCCGUAUGUCGACAUUGUACAGAGAGUCUCCUCGAUUUAUUCUCUAGUAGGAAAACCGAAGAUUUUCAUCUUUGACAGCUGCCGCUCUGGAAAAGAAAAAUCUCAUCAUUGGAAUUUCUUUAAGGGAAUCCUCAGAGCUCAUGUCGAAAAUGUAUCUGUAAACUAUCCACCUUCCGACACACUCAUUUGCUACUCAGCCAAUGAAGGCAUGCAAGGUUACUCCCAUGAUAAUUAUGGAAGCUGUUACACUUUUCACCUGGCGGCUAAGCUAAGGCAGUUCUGGAAUACACUCACUUUCACUGAGAUUGUCACGCUCGUGCAUGGCUGGACUGUUCAACUAGCUCAACAGUGGGGGAAAGGCCAACAGCCUGUGGUGUACAAUGCUCUCAACCGCCUACUGAUGUUUGGUGGAUGUGACGUGUCUCAGUACUCACAGAAAAUGUUCCAUGUACCCAACAACCCGUCGACUCAGAGGUCAAGUUUCUCAUAUAUUGUUAAGGGAAAUGGACCGAAUUCUCUCGAAAGUGAUGUGGCCACAGAUGCUAUCCGGACAGAUCGACUCCUUAGUGCCCAGUUCAAAACCAAGCAAGAUGUCACCAACAACCUUCCGAGACUCGGCCAAGGUGUGAGUGUGUUCGUCUGCUAUGCUCCAGACCCAGAAUCCCCAUACUAUGAUCCCAAAGAACGAAAAGAUGAAAUUGUCCGCAACCAGACUCAGAUAACUCACUUGAUUUGUGACUUGGAGCGUAUUGGUUUCUCAGUCAUCUCUGAUCUCCAUCUUGGCAACUCCCAACCUAGGAACUGGCUUCAGUGGUACGUGUCUCGCAUAGAGCUAUGUGACUACCUCAUCAUGGUCUGUUCACCUGCGUUCAAAGAGCUGUUCUCUUGUGACAAGCAAAAGUUUCCAAUUGCAGAUGAGCGUGCCUCUUGGUUUCUUACUUACCGUAAUGCCAUGUAUGCGGAGAUUUCUGAGGAGGUGAAGGAUUCACCCUCUGGCAGUAAAUUUGUACCUGUGAUCAUUGAUGACUCGUUCCCACCACAAGACUGUGUACCUACUCUACUGCUGACAGCCACUAAGUAUCAGCUCAACCAGAAAGUUCCUCGAGAGUUCAAGUAUGACAACAUGUAUGGAGGCUUCGAGCAGCUCGUUUGUCGAAUGGCUGGUAUUGACAGGGUUCAAAUGAAAAUUAAACAACAUCCCCAGGAUAUGCUUACUAAAGUUGGUGAGGAUGCCAAAUUCUUCAUUGCUGUGACUGCGUCUUCUCCUGGGCAGAUCUCUUACAACUGGUGCUUUAACAAUCAGAGUGUAUCAGAUUACAAUGCUGACUACAAGGGAGCAACAACAAGUGAACUAGUCGUUUUGAAGUCCUUGUCCAAGCACUGUGGUAGCUACAAGUGUAUUGUCACACAUCAAUUUUCUUCAGAUGUGCAAGUCCCUUCAUUUUCGGCUGUCCUUGAAAUUGAUGGAACCAAAAUUGAAGUCGAGGAGUCUAAUCUCCUUGGAAUAAUUUUACAGAACUUGACUUCACUGCAAGAUGAUGAACUGGAUUUAAAUAUUAAGGAGCUACUCAGUGGAACAAGUAAUCUGACUUACGAGGAGCUACAAAUAGUUCUUGGUCAGACCACACAUACAUCGUAUUUAUCAACUGGUCUGAAACAGAAGCUGAAAACACGGAUACAGGAGGAUAAAAUCUAUGAUGAAGCAAUAAAAAAUGAUAAAAAGAUUAAAUUGUUCUAUCUCAAAAUGCUUGCUCUUGGACCAGGACAAAUAGGAAAAUCAACAUUUAUCCGUAGACUUCUUGGAAUCAUGCAAUGGGAUAUCGAUGAAGAUCCUGAAAAUGGACCAACUAGAAGCACUGGCCAGUCUGAAUGUAGAGAAGUAUUCUUAGGCUACAAUCAUGAAUCAGUAGCUCUGUCAACUGAACAAAGCUGGCAUGUACUUGGUGAAUCAGACAUAGGUAAGGAAUUGAGAGCACUCAUUUCCCUAUUAAAUAUUCAGACUGAAGCCAAAACACUUAAUGAAACGGUUGCUCCAGAAGAAACAAAGGUGAUUCCUCAAGCGUCGCUUCAACAAAGUGAUUCAUCUGAUUCUAAUGUGAUCCCAACAAAUAAAACAAAAUCUGAAAAUAACUCUGUUGCUGUAACAACUAAUACUUGUCCAUCUUCCGAGCAGUCCCCCGACACUCCAAAAGCUCAAACAAAAUCUCAAAGAAGCGAGAUCGACGAAGCAUAUGAAGAGUUUGAAAAGCUACGCUAUUCUAAGCAUUACACAUCGAGUGAUUCCCCCGAUGAUGAUAUAAAGUCAAUACAUGCUAUAAUCAACAUCGCGGAUGUUGGUGGUCAACCGGCUUUCUUAGAAUUGCUACCAUCCUUGACAAUUGGACCAGCAAUGUACCUUGUAUUCAUGAAACUUCUAUGGGAAUUGGAUGUUCCAAAGGAGUCGCUAUACAAAGGCGAAAACGAGAUGGAAGCUUUAGUCUGUAAAAACUACACAUAUACACCAGAAGAAGUUAUUUUCACUGCUCUCUCCAGUAUUGCAUGCUUUGGUCACUCUGACAAGGAGGUAGAGAAGUAUUUAUCUUCUGACCAGGAUGCUAAAUCGGAUGCCAAUAAGAAGAAGAUCAGCUCACUUGCAUUGAUUAUGGGAACCUAUGCAGAUGAACUACAAUCUGGUGGUGAGACAGCUACUGAACAAGUAAAAGAAACCAAUCAGCAACUUCGUGCAACGCUGGACACUACCCCUUUCUACGAGGAUGGCCUUAUCAACUAUUCUAAUUUAAUAAAAAAAGAAGUUCUCUUUCAAAUUAAUAAUAAGUCUGGGGGCAAACCUGAAGUUGAUAACUAUAGAAAACUUAUUAAAAAGCUUAUUGAAAGCAGAUUCCGUCAGUACACAAUCCCAGCAAGGUGGUUGAUGUUUAGUAUUUGCUUGAAAAUUCUUGCUCAGAAAAAGAAGAAGAGUGUUAUAGAAUUUCCAGACUGUGUUAAAGUUGGUGAUUGCUUUAAAAUGAAUGAGAAGACAGUAAAAUGUGCUCUAACAUUCCUUCACAAAUACAUCGGGUUAGUGAUGUACUUUCAGAAGGAGGAAAAGCUCAAACUUUCAAAGGAUAUCGUCAUCUGUGAUCCUCAAGCAGUUUUCACUUCUAUUAGUGACCUUAUUUUUAAUAUUUAUGAUCCAAACAAACGGAAUGUAAAAGCACCUGUGUUCGAUCGCUUCACACAAAAGGGUUUCUUUUCUCCUGAAGAUCACACCAUGAUGGAGGCUAUCACUGCUAAAAAAAACCACUUUCCCAUUGAAGACCUGAUACCGUUGUUGGAGUAUCUAAACAUCGCUGUUCCAAUGGUUAUGGAUUCAAUCUCUGGGUAUUUUCUUCCAGCAGUUCUUCAAACAGCCACUAGUGAGGUAUUGAAUACGACUCUCGAAGGAGCAGAUCCUGAUCGAGAUCCAGAGCCCCUUUGUGUCCGUUUUAAAACUAGUUUUGUGCCAUUGGGAUUUGUUUCUGCCCUUGUAGCUAAUUUAUUAAAUGAUAACAACAAGGAUUUGCUUUUACUUGGGAAAGAGCAAGAUAAAGUUGUGUACAAAAACAAAAUCACAUUUCGAUUUCGAGGGCGUUACAAUAUUGUGCUGAUUUCCCGGGCCAAGUAUUGUGAAUUUCGAGUAUCUCGACCCCCAGGUGCUGUUGAAGAUGAAGAGUUCAGCAGCACCAACUGUUGCCCACUGCUUAAAGACAUGUUACAGAAAUCAAUCAAGAAUGUAAUCGACAGAAUGCGACAGAGUUCUCUAUUCCAGCUGUCACAUGGCUAUGAUUUUGCUUUUAAAUGCCCUCAAAGCAACUGUAAGGAAACAAUGGGUAGCAGAUCAUCAUUAGUAGUAAUUAAUCCAGCAGACCUUAAAAGCCUGACUUGCGAGAGCUGCAAGAUUGCUAUACAUGCAACCCUUCAAAUGAAGACAUGGUUCACAAAGGACCUAGCCCAUGAUAUUAUUGAUGAUCAAAAGGUGAAUAGUCCUUUCCACACAACGGAUCCACGAACUACCAGUCUCAAUGAGUUGAUGGUCAAGUAUGAAGUCACUGAUGAGCAGUUGGAUCGAGAGAUUGAACAAGACGACCUUGUUCCAGUAGCUAUGCACUUUGAUAAUGUGGAGCUCUACCUCAACCCACUGAAGUUGACUGGCAAUGAACAAGUUGACGUGAAGAGAGAUGCUUGUGCUAAAGGCAAUGAAAUAGCAGUUAUCAACUGUUUGUCAAUUUGGAGGGGACACGAACCCAGCGAAGCAACCUUCAGAGUACUGAUUAGUAUCUUAUGGGAUCUGAGGAAGGAAAAAAUUGCUACCAACAUUUGUCAGUACUUGAAAAAAAAGGACCAUGGCACAUUCAGAGAGGAGUACCUGGUGCAAGAUUCUGCAAAACCCUGUAUAUCUCAGACUCUCAGAAAGAGUGACUCAGCCACACAGACAGUACCCGACAACAAGUCGACACAGAGGACAAGUUUCUCGUAUCCCAGCCCGCUCCUUAAGGGGAAAGGACCGAAUUCUCUCGAAAGUGACGUGGCCACAGAUGCUAUCGGAAAAGGUCGACUCCUUAGUGUCCAGUUCAAAACCAAGCAAGACGUUAUCAACAACCUUCCGAGACUCGGCCAAGGUGUGAGUGUGUUCGUCUGCUAUGCUCCAGACCCAGAAUCCCCAUACUAUGAUCCCAAAGAACGAAAAGAUGAAAUUGUUCACAACCAGAGUCAGAUCACUCACUUGAUUAGUGACUUGGAUCGUGUUGGUUUCUCAGUCAUCUCUGAUCUCCAUUUUGGCAACUCCCAACCGAGUAACUGGCUUCAGUGGUACGUGUCUCACAUAGAGCUAUGUGACUACCUCAUCAUGGUCUGUUCACCUGCGUUCAAAGAGCUGUUCUCUUGUGACAAGCAAAAGUUUCCAAUCGCAGAUGAGCGUGCCUCUUGGUUUCUUACUUACCGUGAUGUCAUGUAUGCGGAGAUUUCUGAGGAGGUGAAGGAUUCACCCACUGGCAGUAAAUUUGUACCUGUGAUCAUUGAUGACUCGUUCCCACCACAAGACUGCGUACCUACUCUACUGUUGACAGCCACUACGUAUCAGCUCGACCAGAAAGUUCCUCGAGAGUUCAAGUAUGGCAACAUGUAUGGAGGAUUCGAGCAGCUCGUUUGUCGAAUGGCUGGUAUUGACAGAAACAAAUUGGAUGCACCUAAAAACAUUCCAACAAAACCACCGAAAGGAUACAAGCGAGUUCCGUGGGUACCAGAAGCACUUGCUACUAAACAACAACCACAAUCCCAUCCACCUCCUGCAAAACGAGUGGUAUCCCCAGAACCCUUCCAACCCGCUCAUGUCGCACCAUUCUCACAACCCCCACACCACCCACCGCCCUCACAGCCGGAUCAACUCCCAGACAAGCCCCCAGAACACACGGUGAUACUCUGGCUAUGUGACAAAAUCACAGACUGGAGGUUUGUCGCUCAUUUUCUAAAGAUAGAUAACUCCGAGAUUGAACGAAUCGGUAUUGAUUAUCAUGAUUGUGUGAUGGAGCAAAGGUACCAGAUGUUUGAGUCAUGGAAGAGACACGAGUGGAGGGAGUAUACCUACCGCACACUGGGGGACGUUUUGUUGAAGACUGAGUCUAACAGACAUCUCUAUCCUGAGUUCUGUCGGAGGGUUGAACAAAUUGAACAAACUGAACCAAACUAACCCUACUAUUUUAUAGACUGCCACUUUAUACUUUAGUAUUGUUCCCUAGUUACACAUCGUUGUCUUCUUGCUCACUUAAAUUGUUUCUUAUAGUCUGUUCUAGAUCUUACCAUUAAUUUUUAGGAUUAGUAACCUCCUCCACUAUACCACAUCCUCACUGCAAUCACUGAGAGAAACGAACUUUUUCGAUACUCCAAGAAGCAGCUCACCUGUGCUUUCGGUCUAAGGAAGUACUCUAAUAACAAUCUAGAUCAACAAAAAGUGAUAUUUCUGGCUCCUUCACUUCAGAAUAAAAUAGAGUGGGUAGAAGCAAUUGGUGAAGUGUUGUCAGCCCUCACUUGGAUACGGGAGCAGCUAGUGUAUGGCGAUGCUGACGAUGGGAAAGUUGUGGUCACUCAAGGCUGUCUCCAUUGUCCCGUUUGUGAAGACUUCUCGUCGGAGUGGAGAUGGAGUGUCAGUUGGUGGCAGUGAACUGGAUAUGUCCAUUCGAUCAUCUAUGCUGAACGAUAGUGAACCUAGUUUAGAAAGUGUUGUAUAAUUAUUAUCCUAGCCAGUAACAUGCAUGUGUUUAUCCCUUCUCAUAGUACUAUACAAAGUUAAGUUUGUGUUCAAUCGAUCUUGUCACUAGCAUUUAAUGACUGUACUGUUACAUGUAACUUUUACAAUGUAAUAUAAUUUUAUGUUUUCCCUA